AUGAAACGCAAAAGGGAACAGGAUGACAUCAGAAAACCUGAUCAUCCAUACUCCAAAGCUCACAGAAGAAGUCCAGAAGAUAGCCCAGGCAGAAUGGAAAAGGAGCAACCAACAGAUACUGAAGAACUGCUCUUGAUUCUUAUAAAUCAUCUCAGAGGAUUGCUAGAAUCAGCACAGAUCCGACCAGCAGAAGAACCAAAAUAG